ACUCAAUACAACCUCACUAGCACUACUCCCCAUUCUCGCAGGGCUGAGCUGGGCUCCUCUGUCUGCAAUGUCCCUCAACACCUUCCCACUCCUUCUUGGGCUCAACGACGCACCCAACCUGCAUUCCUCGUCCCCCAAGGAUCGUAACAUGCAACAACACCUCACCCGCCAACCCAACCCCACCGAACAAAAAAUCCAGUGAAAAACCAGAAGGGGCUCUACCGCCAAAAAAAACAACAACAAGAUGCCACCCAGCCGAACCACCCCCCUCCCAGCCCUCAGCCAGCUAUCGCUGUCGCUACUGCUGCUGCUGCUCCUCCUCUCCGCGCCGCGCCCCACCGCCGCAUCCACCGCGACCACGACGACCUCCCCCGCCGCGCCCACGCCGACGGUCCUCGACGUGUCGGACCGGUACCGGUACGCGGGCUGCUACAACGAGACGACAGCGGUGUCGGGCGCGGGCGGGGCGCGGGCGCUCGGCGACGGCGCCGACGAGGUCCUGGCGGGCCAGAUGACGGUGCCGCUCUGCCUGGGCUUCUGCGCGGGUGGGGGAGGCGGGGGGACUGUGUAUAAGUAUGCUGGGUUGGAGUUUUCGAGGGAAUGCUGGUGCGCACAGCGUCUGUCAGCGGCGUCUGCCAAGCUGUCCGACAGCGAGUGUAACCUGGGGUGCGACGGCGACUCGCAGACUGCAUGCGGUGGAGCGUUGAAGUUAACUGUGUAUAUGCUCAGCGCAGCUCCGUCGACGAACAUGGCUCGCGGGUUGGCGGCUAUAAUAAUGAUGGCUAGUGUAGUGUAUAAUCUUCUUUGACGGGGUUUUGACGGGCGGGAGAGUCAAAUGUUUUCUUCAAGUCUUGCGUUUCGAGAUACCUACAAGCCGUUUUAGAAACAGACCAUGUAAGAUGCAGGAAGAUACCCGGAUUUUGGCGUCGCACAAUAUAAAAUCAUGUUUCAUUCAUCGUAC